GGGCGGUGCGGCGGGCUGACGUCAGGGCGGGGCUGGCACUGCUCGCCGGCGGAGCGAGGCCGCGGCGUGAGCGGGGCGGCGGCAGAUUAAGCAACAAUGGCGUUUGUGAAGAGUGGCUGGCUGCUUCGUCAAAGCACUAUUUUGCGGCGCUGGAAGAAGAACUGGUUUGACCUGUGGUCUGAUGGCCGUUUGAUAUUCUAUGACGAUCAGAAUCGCCGUGAUAUAGAAGAUAAAAUCCACAUGAGAAUCCAUUGCAUCAACCUCAGAGUGGGGAAUGAAUGUCGAGAUUUCCAGCCUCCAGAGGGAAAGCAGAGAGACUGUUUACUGCAGAUUGUUUGUCGGGAUGGUAAGACCAUCAACCUCUGUGCAGAAAGUGCAGAUGACUGUUUGGCAUGGAAAAUUGCUCUUCAGGAUGCCAGAAGAAACACAGGCUACGUGGGAUCUGAUGUGAUCUAUGAUGAGACAGCAAUUUCCUCAGCCCCUCCUCCCUAUACAGCUUAUGCUACCCCAUCACCUGAGGUCUAUGGCUAUGGCUAUGGUCAGUACCAUGGUGCAUAUCCCACUGUGGGUCCUCACGUCUUCUAUGCCUCCACUGGACAAGUCUACCAGUAUCCAUACCACGGACCAUAUGGCCAACCCCCUGCAAACCACGUCAUCAUUCGAGAGCGUUACCGUGACAGUGAUGGAGAUCUUGCACUGGGCAUGCUUGCUGGAGCAGCGACUGGAAUGGCUCUGGGAUCAUUAUUCUGGGUCUUCUAGACUACUCAUUCCUUAUCUUUGUAGUUCCAAAACCUUUAUUGUGUGCAAUAAUAUACUGGCAAUGUUGUUUACUGUUAAACUUUCAAAAAUGCAAUAGUUAUUUUCUAGUAGUGACAUCUUAAUAACUGAUUCUUAACUGUCCAAAGGAGAGUUUAAAGGCACCAGUUGGUUGGAAAAGGCAUGUGCUGCUCUUUGAUCUUUUCUGACACAGUAGGUUCUGUAGGGGUGAGGAUCAAUAUGAGCACCAGUGUAACAUGGUCAGAGUCAGCAGUAACCUUGUGAACAUACUGCUAACAUAAACACCAGUGGAAAGAAAGGUGUUGGGUUUUUUGGGGGGGUCUAAAAUCCAGUUCAAACAGAAGGUUUAUAGAAGACCUGAGUUAGUAUACAUAUACUGCUGGUUACUAAACAUCCCCUGGACAAACACAGCUCAGCAGAAACCCCUUGGCAUUAGGCAGUCUGCCAUGCUUAAGGACUUGUGGUUUUUAAGCUUGUCUGCAGAUGGUAAUGCAUUUCCUUAGAUAGAAUCCUCUGCCUGUCUCUCUCACCAUCUAGGCAGAGUUGUCUGAGCACGUAUGAAGUGAAUGGCUGAGAAGCAGCAGUGGUCUUUUCUUACUAUCCCAGAAACGUGAAUGACCAGUGGCAAGGAAGACCAAUAUUUGUUGUUCCAGUUCCUCCAAUCAGGGGAAAGUAAAGGAUCCUUACCUUUGCAAGGGAUCUUUUUUUUUUUUUUUUUCUGUAGAAGUCAGACUCCUCAGACACUGUAACCAACUGUGCUGCAGAGGAAGAGGCCAUUGUUGGUAUCUCUGCUCUUAAUGACUGCUGCUGCUCUGCAGAGCCUGCAGGAGAACUAACUUGAACAACUUUGUCAGAAUCCCUCUGCAUGCAGUAUUAGCCAAGAGACACAAACAGCAGUAGCAGACCUUGCAGACAGGAACUUUGAAAUCAGCUGCCUUGCUAUGGCUGUGGUAUUGUCUGCCUCUUCUCAGCCUCCAAGGUGUCCUGAUUCACGUUCAUUACCUGCAACUAGGUUCAAGCACAGCUGAGACUGGGUUUAUUCCAUGCACACUUCCCCCUCACCUCUCACAGGCUUCUUCUUCCCUUUCAUGAGUUAGGGAAAACACUCCAGGGAACCUGGCUGGCUCUGCUUUUAUGUCUGGUUCCUUACACAACGUGCUCCUGCAAGCUGCUGUGCUAUGGGCUGUAACCCAGAGGGCAGCUGUUGUGUGUGUUGUGGCCUGGUUCAUUAUCCUGCUGUAAUCCAUGCUGAGCUGUGCUUGGCAGAGGAAGGAAAGCUGAGAAGAAAUGCACGUGGCUUCCUUAAUCAGGUAAAAGAGGCAGGGUGCCCGAGAUGAGUUCUUUAUAGUAAGAGGUCUUAUUUUUAUACUUCCACUUUCAGCUUCCUGUGAUCAUACUGUUUUAAUGUUAAGGCUUCUUUAUAUGCUUUCACUCAGAAGGAGAUUCAUUCCUUUCAGGUUCAGAGGCUUUCAGGUAUGUCACGAAAGAUGAAAAUAAAUGAAAAUUUGUACCCGCGUAAAUUUAUCGAUCAAGCUCUGACCUUCUUCAUUCCAUCCAAAAGUCGUUGUGGCUGUAUCCUACAUAUUUAAACAAUAGAGGUCUUGGACAAGAAUGUGGAUAGCAGCCAGGCAGAAGCGUUAAGUUUUCCUGACUCUUAGGACCAUCUCCAACAGACUGAAAUAAUGGGAAGGAAACAGACAUGUUAUCUUGGCUAUAUUACUAAAAGUGAGCCUAAUCCAAGGAAUGUGAAUUUUCUGGAAACGUUGGCUUGGAGCCAUCUAUCAGUGUCCUUUCAGAGGUGAAUAAAAGAUGCGUUAUGUUCUGCCGAUGCUGUGCCCUAAAAGGGCUUCACUUGCUGCAGGUUCAAAAAAGGAACUAAAGCAGAAGUUUCCUACUGAUAAACAUGAAAGGAAUGAAUGGUGCUCUGCUUAAGUUCUCACAGAGGCCUUGUACCUUUGAGCCCAGAAGGAGGUGGUGACUGCCUGGAACUUUGGCAAAGAAACAUUUCUACAACUUUUAAGCCUUGAGAUCAUUGAUUAUGUGUCUACACUGCUGCCUAGUUGUGCUUCUAUAUAACUAGAUGCAGAAUGCUUCCAUCUCCUCCUUCUGUGAUAUUUAGCUUGUAAGACGGGAAGGAAAUAAACAUAAUUCUGAUUCCUUUUGAAUUUCAUAGUGAUUGUUAAAGAACAGCACAAAGUGAAUUAGCUAGUGAGUUCAGAGGGUUAUUUUUCCUUUUGUUUUGUUUUUAAGAAAAAACAGCUGUUGUGCACAGCAGGAGAACAUGUAUAUUGUGUUUUCAAGAGCUAACUGUAUCUGAGAGCCCAGCUUCUUCAAGUGAAGUAUUUAAGACAAAGAUACUGGUCUGGAGAAGAAGAGGCUCGGGGGAAACCUUAUUGCUCCCUACAACUCACUGAAAGGAGGCUGUGGUGAGGUGGGGGUCGGCCUCUUCUCCUAGUGAUAGGAUGAGAGGGAAUGGCCUCGGGUUGCACCAGGGCAGGUUCAGGUUGGAUAUUAGAAAAGAUUUAUUCUCUGUAAGAGUGGUCAGGUGCUGGAAUGGGCUGCCCAGGGAGGUGGUUGUGUCACCAUCCCUGGAGGUGGUGUGUAAUGUGGUACUAAGGGACAUGGUUUAACUAUUGGUAGUAGGUUAUGGUUGGACUGGACGGUCUUGGUGGUCUUUUCCAACCUCGGUGAGUCUGUCAUUCUAUUCUAUGAUUCUUGGGUUUAAAAUCAAAGCAAGAAAUGAUCUACUUUUAACGUUCAAACUGAAUCAAGUUUCCAUUAAAGAUACAGCUUUAUGAAAAAAUUACGAAUUUCUCAGUGCAAAGAAAAUACAAAUCGUUCAUUUUCAGAACAGAUCACAAUUAUAGUCCUCAACAUGUGCUUUUUUCAGCUUCAUGCUGCAGCAAUGCCAGUUUCACCUGUAGAGCACCAGGCAUGUACCUUCCUAGCUGGGGCCUAACACCUCUUACAGCCAUGAGAACCCCACCUCCACUGCAGUGUCACUCUUCUUCAUAAUGCAUACUAUCUGUUAAUGACACAAUCUGUUCCAUAGCAGUUAAAGUCUGUUCAGAAUUACAUGGCAGGGCUCACAGAGUCUACACAUUCACAUAGAGACUCAAAAGCCAUGGAUGCAGCCAAGCUUUUUGAGAAUGAAUUGGAAGCUCUCCGCCCCCUUGUAUGCCAAACCAUCUUAAAGAACUGAAGCAGGGCUGCCUGCAAGAUUCUUAGUGACAUGUGGAAACAUAUCAGCUUGUGCUGCUUAAAGGAGAGGGUCUGAGGAGCUAGCCUCUGUGAGAGGGUAAGGGCUUAGGAAUAACAAUUCAAUACGUGAAGAUUCAACCAGUUGAGCAAGUUGAAUGAAGGCAAGAAUACACAGCUGCUUUCAUCAAAUGUGUCUGUGUCUUUUCCUCCUCAUGAUAUGACCAAGAUAUAUGUAUAUGUCAUGGAGGGUAGCAUGCAGGAAGUGCUUUUCCCCCCCACUCUAGAUCAUUCUUGUUUUUGCACACUACCAUAAAUGCUGCUUUUCCUAUACAUCCUUUCUAAUUUCUAGCAAAAUAUCAUUAGCAAUAAAAUUCAUAUUUAAGUGUG